AUGACGCUUAUUUUUAUAGCUUAUUCACUCCUUGCCGCAUGUUACCCAUGUCCGCUCUCCAGUCCACCUCCAGAACCGAAAACUGUAGAUGAUGUCAGACAUAUAGUUGACAAAUACAUCUUAGAUGGGUACUUCUUUAUUGACCUGCGAGAAAUUGCGAUAGAUGUUCAUUACCAAUGGACCUGGAGAGCACAACAGGUUGAAUCCAACCUCAGGCAUGAGAUAAAAGCUCUGCAAGAUAAGCUUAAUGUGGGUCGAGUUAAACAAUCAUUGAGGAACGAAGUGAAUGACCUGUUCAAAAAAAUGUCUCCUGAAUGGCUCAACAUCUUAUCUAUAAAACCAAAAUAUCAAUGGAAAAUUCUCUUCCAGUUGGAGUCAGAUGCAACAGAGCGUCUGAAAUCUGUCAUCACUAACACAAUGAACAUCACAGUAGAUCAAUUUUGUGAUGAUAUGGAUUCAGUUGUGGAGUCAGCACCCAAAAUCAUACGUCGGGAGGAGGAUUUCCCACAUUUUGAAUCUGAAGCUGAAAUGGUGGAAGUACUUGACUCUAUUGGUUUUAGAGAUGGCAGCAUCCAAAGAAGUAUCCUUGCAUUGUGUUUUCAUUUUAAAAAACAACUUAACACGGCUUACCAUCAAUCCGGUCCUAAAUAUUUCUUCUUAUAUUUCCGAUUUUUAAAAUCACACACAACUCAGGAUGAAAUUUGUGAUUUUUUGAAUAUUUACUUCAAUAACAAGGACGUCGUUCACAUUCAAAACAUUACAUUAAUCCAAAGUGGAAAUGAAGGAGAAGGACCACAGGAAAAUAUUCAGGCAUUUGUAAGAUUCAACAACACCUUUGUAAAUCAGAAAGGAGAAGAAGUUGGCAUGGAGGCUACCCUGCAGCAAAUAGUAAAUGAAGUACAGAACAAAGCAAUCAUUCCAGUAAUACCACCAGCCAAAAAACCAUUCAUGGACAAGUGUGUGUUGUGAGCCAUCCAUGUUGAGUUAAAGGAUGAUAACAUCUUCAAAUGCAAUGCUCAAUAAUGCAUAUCUACCUACCUAUGUACAUAGAUUGACAAAAAGGGUAAAUUUUUAUAAAACGUUGUCAAAAAGUGUCAUGUUAUUUAGGAAUUGCUGUGAAAAAACAUCAAUUUUUGGCUAAAUAUUGCACCUUAGAAGUAAUAAUGUUACAUCUCAAAAAAAAAUCAAUUUUGAAAUUUUUACAUUACAUUUUUGAGGUUUGUAUUGCAUUCUGCUACCGUAAAUAAUGUUUUGAGUUUGGUACCGUAUCUAGAUCAUGUAAAAAUGCAAAUGGUAAAUAAAUAAAUAUUUUUCUAACCAUAGAUUUUUAAAAAAUGCUCAUUUUUUGUCAUAACUUGAAAAACAGUCCCUCCUGAUUUUAGUCGGGU